AUGCCUAUCCCCCGUUCAUCGCGUCUCUCCACUUCAUCCGCAUCUUCGGCAGGUCCGCGCACCCCUAUCACGCGUUCUCCUGUCACCUCGCAUAUUCUCCUCCCUGGGCCGAAUAAACGCAACAGCUCCGACUCAUGGAACAGCUCGAACCUCGACUGGGAGGAGCCUGGCGUUGAGUGGCAGCCGGAGCAGGUUCUUCUGCUAACAAGGACCCUCGAUGCCCUCCCCGCUCAUCUCAUCACGCCCUUUGUAGGGUCUGUGCCUCCUCCCAAUCUCCUUGAUAAAGUCGCUCGUGGUGUGGCCACCGCCAAGGGCCACAAUGACUGGCCGCACUCCGUUCGUUCUACCCGUAUCAAGCUACUUGAGCUGGCCCGCUCCCGCGAUCAGGAGGAGCGAAGACAAACAGCCUUUAGCCAGCACCACAACGUCAUUCUCGAGGAAACAGUUCAUGAAAGCGCGUCAGGUGGCGCCUACAGCCUUCAGGACGGCAGCUUCAAGGAGGAGGAGGACGUUGACAUGCCGGCUGAGGAGAUAUUUCAGCAAACCACAAACACACCCGGGGCUCGUCCCAGACCACGCCCCCUGUACAGGCAAUCGAGCAUGGACUUCCUGAGCGCAGCAAAUCUUGACAAGGACAUUCAACAAAAUGAGACACUCGCUCGUCUAUCUUAUCGCCUCCAGAGGCCUGACCGCACACUCCCUAGCUCUAAUUAUCAACAUCACUAUGCUCGGUCUCCAAAUUCGCGCAGAGCGACUGUUGGCUCCUCUGACACGCCUCCCCGCCUUUUGAUGCCCACUUCGCCCAGUCCGUCACACAACCGACUCUCUAUCGCGUCCACAUCAUCGUCUUCGUCAUAUGGCUCUGCGCGACCUUCCCCGCUGCGUCGUUCAACUAUUCUGGCCUCAGCUGCACCGAAUGAUAUGGAAGUAGAAGUAGAGAAUGUGUUCGCCUCUUCUGGGCUUCGCAACACUCGCUCAACUCUGAAACGCGCGCCGUCUUUCGGUGUGAAAUCUGGCACCGCAGUAGUCACCUCACCAAAGACGCCGUCAACGUGCAAGACCCCUUUCAGAGUUAUGCAGACCCACGCCCGCACUACCUCCCUGUCGUCCGUUUCUUCUGACGAAGAGGAGAAAGUUCGCGAUAAGCGUGCUAAGAAGGCGCGAGUUCGUGAGCCGUCAGGUAAUCACGGAGCCAGCAAGAGCAAGGUUUCCCUCAAUUCUUCAUCCUCUGCGACUUCGACGGAUAACGAUCUGUCUACCUCGAGUCUUUCGUCAAACACGACUGCCACAUCUGUUUCUGACACCCCCACUGCCAAACCUCUUCCUAAAGCCCGGAUUGCUCCGCGGUCCCGUCCGCAGCCCGUUCCCGUCGCUGGUGCUCCCGCUUCAAGGCCUCGUAUCAGCCUGCAGCGAAAUCCUUCAAUGUUUGGUCCUGAGCUGCCUUGUCCCCAGGAGACCCCUGCUUUACCGUCCCGCAUACCACGACUGGAGCGCAUUCAAUCGCCUCCCGCUUCACCCAUGACUCCUGGCAGUGUCUCUCCGAAUAAGACGCCGGCGCUGUCCCCAUCUGUUCCUAGGUCACUUGCAUCGCGCUCGCUUCGUCAUGCUGCGAGGCGCAUUUCCUUCAACAAUAUGGCUUCGGGCCGCAUGAGUCCAGGUGAAAGCAACGGUUUAUCGGGACCUAGCACUCUUGGCAGCGCUUUCCAGCUGGCUUAA